AUGAAAAUCGUCCUCACCGGCAGCACGGGCUUCGCCGGCGCCGAAAUCCUCUCCCAAUGCAUCGCGCACAACUACAUCGAGCACGUCUACGUCCUCACGCGGCGCCCGCUCGACGCGCGCUUCUCGCACAAAAAAGUCACGCAGAUCCUGCACGAGGACUUCGAGACGUACCCGGAAGACCUGCUGCAGCGCCUGCGCGACGAGGGCGUCGAGGCGUGCAUCUGGGCGCUGGGCGGCAAGACGAAGGACCUCAAGAGCUUGGAUAAUUCGCGGAAGGUGAAUGUGAACUUCGUCGCCGCGGCGGCGGAGGCGUUCGCGAAGGGCCUGGCGCCGGCGUUGGGGCCGUAUCCUGGGUAUCCUGGGAAGGAGCCUAAGCCGGGCGUUGGGAGGUUUCCUUUUCGCUUCGUUUAUGUGUCUGCUUGGGGCGCGGAGCAUAACCAGUUUCGGAAGCUGUGGGUUGGGGACGAUGAUCGGAAAUUGAAAGGUGCGGCGGAGAAGGCUAUCUUUGCGACGGCGGAUGAGUCGGAAGAGAAGGAAGGGCAUAGGUGCUUCGAGGCGAUUGCGUUGCGGCCUGGUGGGAUUCUGGCGGGUAGUAGUGAGGCUAUGGGGACGAUUAUCACGCAGGCGAUUAUCCCGAGUGUGACGAGCGGGCAGCUGGCGAGCAUGGCGAUUCGGACGGCGUUCAGUGGAGGCAAGGAUGGGAAGAGGAUUUUGGAGAAUAAAGAUUUGCUGGGGGACGAUUGGGCAAUGGUGAAUUCAUUGAAUUGA